UUUACAAUGGUCCAAGCCUCCAUGAUCAUCAUAUAACAAUAUUGUUUACAAUUCCUUCAAUAAUCAGUACCAGUAAAGCUCUGGAGAUUAGCGUCAAAAUGAUGCUGCCUGGCAUGAGUUCAUGGAUAUUGUGGCCAAUCUUCUUGCAAAUAUAUCUACUCGUUUCUUUUUCCUUCUCGAUAUAUGGGGGCAAUGAGACCGACAGACUCUCCCUGCUAACUUUUAAAGCUCAAAUAACAGGUGACCCCCUUGGUAAGCUAAGCUCGUGGAAUGAAUCGUCUCACUUCUGCCAGUGGUCAGGUGUUACUUGUGGACGCCGCCAUCGAAGGGUUGUGGAGCUUGACCUCCACUCUUACCAGCUAGUGGGCAGCCUAUCUCCCCACAUAGGCAACUUGAGUUUCCUCAGGAUAUUAAACUUGGCAGAUAAUAGCUUAAGCCUUUAUAUCCCUCAAGAGUUAGGUCGUUUGUUUCGGCUGGAGGAGUUGUUCCUCAGGAACAACACGUUCGAAGGCGGAAUCCCUGUCAACAUCUCGCGUUGUGCAAACCUCCGAAUCCUUGAUUUAAAUAGAGGCAAUUUGACAGGCAAACUUCCUGCCGAACUUGGGUUAUUAUCAAAGUUGCAGGUACUGAUUUUUGAACUCAAUAAUUUUGUUGGCGCGAUACCAUAUUCUUUUGGAAAUCUGUCAGCUAUCAAUGCAAUUUAUGGGUCCAUAAAUAAUUUGGAAGGAAGUAUUCCGAAUGUUUUGGGACAAUUGAAACGAUUAAAAAUACUCUCGUGUGGUGCAAAUAAUCUGUCUGGCAUCAUUCCUCCUUCUAUAUUCAAUCUCUCUUCUCUUACUCUACUAUCUUUCCCCGUUAACCAGCUUUAUGGGAGUCUUCCUCGUACCUUAGGCCUAACUCUUCCAAACCUUCAAGUGUUUACAAUCCACACUAACCAAUUCGGUGGGCUAAUUCCGGCAACUUUCUCUAAUGCCUCAAAUCUCCUUUCUUUUCAAAUUGGAAAUAACUACUUCAUUGGUAAAGUUCCACCACUGUCAAACUCACAUGAUUUGCAAGUUUUGGGUGUUGGUAAUAAUAAUCUGGGAAAAGGUGAAAAUAAUGACUUGAAUUUUGUCUAUCCUUUAGCAAAUAACAUGACUAGUUUGGAGGCUUUGGAUACAAGUGAUAACAAUUUUGGAGGGGUGCUUCCUGAAAUAGUAAGCAACUUCUCCACAAAGCUCAUGAAGAUGACAUUUGCGAGGAAUCAAAUCCGUGGGAGCAUUCCAAGCGAAAUUGGAAACCUAAUCAACUUGGUGGCUUUAGGGUUGGAAACAAAUCAAUUGACUGGCAUGAUACCAAGUUCUAUGGGGAAACUACAGAAGCUGAGUGAUCUAUUUCUUAAUGGAAACAAAAUCUCUGGGAUGAUCCCAUCUUCAAUGGGGAAUAUGACUUCUUUAGGGAGAGUUAACAUGAGACUCAAUAAUUUAGAGGGAAGCAUUCCACCAAGUCUGGGAAAUUGGCAGAAGUUAUUGUCCUUGGCUCUCUCGCAAAAUAAUUUGAGCGGUCCCAUUCCAAAAGAACUAGUUAGUAUCCCAUCCUUAUCAAUGUACUUAGUACUGUCGGAGAAUGAGCUGACAGGAUCUCUUCCGAUAGAAAUGGAGAAGUUGGUGAAUCUUGGAUAUCUCGACGUUUCUAAAAAUAGGUUUUCUGGAGAAAUUCCUAAAAGUCUUGGUAGUUGUGUGAGUUUGGAAAGUUUGCAUUUGGAGGAAAACUUUUUGCAAGGGCCAAUCCCUAACACUUUGAGUUCUUUGAGAGCAAUUCAAGAACUUAAUCUCUCCUACAACAACCUGACAGGCCAAAUUCCUGAGUUCCUGGAGGACUUUAAGUUAUUGGAGAGUCUGGAUCUGUCUUUUAAUGACUUUGAAGGUGAGGUGCCAGUCCAAGGACCCUUUCAGAAUGCAAGUGCAAUUUCUAUUUUCGGAAACAAGAAGCUUUGUGGAGGAAUGCCCCAAUUAAAUCUGACCAGAUGCCCAUCCAGUGAACCAGCGAAUUCGAAAUCUCCCACCAAGCUGAUAUGGAUAAUCGGAAGUGUUUGUGGCUUUCUGGGAGUAAUCUUGAUCAUCUCUUUCUUGCUUUUCUAUUGCUUCAGAAAGAAGAAAGAUAAGCCUGCUGCUUCUCAACCUUCAUUGGAGACCUCUUUUCCUAGAGUAGCCUAUGAAGAUCUCCUCGGGGCAACUGAUGGGUUCUCUUCAGCAAAUUUAAUUGGUGAAGGUAGUUUUGGUUCUGUCUUCAAAGGAAUUCUUGGACCAGAUAACAUAGUCGUUGCAGUGAAAGUUCUCAACCUUCUACGUAAAGGAGCCUCCAAAAGUUUUAUGGCAGAAUGUGAAGCUUUAAAGAAUAUCAGGCAUCGGAAUCUUGUCAAGUUAUUGACUACUUGUUCUAGCAUUGAUUUCCAAGGUAAUGAUUUUAGAGCUCUAGUUUACGAGUUCAUGGUCAAUGGAAGUCUAGAAGAGUGGUUGCAUCCAGUUCAAACAUCAGACGAGGCAAACGAGCCAAAAGCUUUGGAUCUCAUGCAUAGGUUAAACAUUGCAAUUCAUAUGGCUAGCGCACUGAACUACUUGCAUCACGAUUGUCAAAUGCCUAUCAUUCAUUGCGAUUUGAAGCCGAGCAAUAUUCUUCUAGACACUAACAUGACUGCUCAUGUUGGAGACUUUGGAUUAGCGAGGUUCCGUUCAGAAGCUUCAAAUCAAACUAGCUCUGUUGGUUUGAAAGGCACCAUCGGCUAUGCAGCCCCAGAAUCUGGUAUCGGAGGCAAGGUGUCCACUUACGGUGAUGUGUACAGCUAUGGCAUCCUAUUGUUGGAGAUGUUUACAGGAAAGAGGCCUGUAGAUGGCAUGUUCAAAGAUGGGCUGAACCUUCACAACUAUGCUAAAAUGGCACUGCCAGACCGCAUUGUCGAAGUCGUGGAUCCGUUACUAGUGAGAGAAAUCCGAAGUGUCAAUUCCUCUGACGAAAUGAACCCGAACCAUAUUGGACCUCACGAAAUAUUUGCAUGUUUGAUGACAAUUAUCAAGAUGGGAGUUGCUUGUUCAGUAGAACUUCCAAGAGAGAGGAUGGACAUUGGCGAUGUUGUGGCUGAACUGAAUCGAAUCAAAGACACUCUUCUUGGAACUAGGAUGCAUGGACAAACAUGAAAGCAUUUUCUUAACAGAAGGUAGAGAGCUCAGCCAUUAUAUUAAUACUCAGGCCAGGUUAUACAUGGCAAUGAAGAUGGAUCAAUUAAUUGUAUUCCAGUUUGGAUGGACCUUAUUCCAUACUAUGAUAUUUGAAUCUAGGCACUCUUGCUCUCUCAACUUUAGCCUUGAAUCUUUUCUUCAAAAAAAAAAAAAAAACUUUGUCCUCGAAUCUGUUUGAAGACAAAUGAUGGAUGCAUUUGUAAGUUAGCCAGAGCCCAUGAUUACAAAAUGGCUCGCAACAGCUAGAAAGCAAUGGACAUGCAAAGAGCAAGUUCAGUCUUUCAAAGGGUUACAGAAGGAGCCUAGGCCCCAGAAAAACAAGGUAGCACCUACGGAAAGGCCCAAGUUC